GCGUGGGGCUGCCGCUCUCUGCAGCCAGACGCUGCCCUGCUCGCCUGCCAGCCCCAGAGGAAAGCCGGGAGGAAGCGCUGCAGGGCGGCCAGACGAUGCAGCUCCGCUUUUGGCGGUAGGCAUGACCCGCUUAGAGAGCUCAAGAUGUCUUUCAAGAAGGAGACGCCACUUGCAAAUGCUGCAUUCUGGGCUGCAAGGAAAGGAAAUUUGGCACUGCUUCAGUUGCUGUUGAAUAGUGGGCGUGUCGACGUGGACUGCAAAGAUUGUCUUGGUUCAACAGCCCUUAUGGUAGCGUCAUACUAUGGCCACAAAGAAUGUGUGCGAGAACUGGUGCAGCAAGGAGCUGAUAUUAAUCUUCAGAGAGAGACUGGAGCCACUGCCCUAUUCUUUGCUGCACAACAAGGCCACAAUGAUAUAGUGAAGUUACUCUUUGAAUAUGGAGCUUCCACAGAAUUCAAAACCAAAGAUGGUGGUACUGCUUUGCUAGCUGCUUGUCAAUAUGGGCACAUGAGAGUGGUGGAUACCUUAUUAAAGCAUGGGGCCAACAUACAUGAUCAGCUUUAUGAUGGAGCUACUGCACUUUUCCUGGCUGCUCAGGGAGGUUAUCUGGAUUUAAUUCGGCUAUUACUAUCUUCAGGAGCAAAGGUCAACCAGCCAAGGCAGGAUGGGACAGCUCCGUUGUGGAUAGCUUCUCAGAUGGGAUACAGUGAUGUAGUGCGAGUGAUGCUGCUGCGAGGAGCAGAUCGAGAUGCUGCAAGGCUUGAUGGCACAACUGCUUUACUUAAAGCUGCAACCAAAGGAUAUAAUGAAGUUAUAGAGGAAUUACUUAAAUUCUCCCCUGCACUUGGCAUCCUAAAGAAUGGGACAUCUGCCCUUCAUGAAGCAGUUCUUGGUGGCAAUAUUAGAGCAGUAGCAUUACUCUUAGAAGCAGGAGCAGAUCCAAUACUUAAAAACAAGAAAAAUGAAUUGCCUUCAGAUCUGACAAAAAAUGAGCGCAUUCUACGUCUCCUGCAAUCUAGAGCAAAACACAGGAAGAGUUAAUAUCCCUUGACAUCUUGAGACAGCUGAUGAAUCCUGUCCAUAUUAGGUCUCAAAGUUCAGAAGUGAAAAAAUAUUGAGAUUCAAGUAUUUCCUGUCUCUUACUCUGUAAACGAAGUCAGGUUCUUCAUGGAAUGGUAGAUUUAAGAUCUGUUAAUUUGCUAUGGUCACCAGCUUUUAGUUGCUGGCUUUGGAGUAAUGAAGAUUGGUUCCACAUUAUAACUUUCCUGAAAAGCAGGUCUUAUUCUACUAGAAAAAGACUCUUUCUUUUAGUAUACUGUAUCUUUGAAGGAAAUUUCCUAAUUUGUCUCCAAUAUUGUAAUAAGUAGUAAUGCAGGUAUGGAAAACAUACCUCUCCUACUGUUGCUGAACUACAACUCGCAACAACCAGAUGGAAAUUAUGAGGGGUGCUUACAUUUAUUUAAUAUAUUGCAGGUCACAUAUUAUCCUAAUUGUUCUAACCAUUUUUUUUAAAAAGGUUGCAUAGGCUUGUUUUUUGUAGGCUAUUUUAGAUGUUGAGAUACAUAAGUGCCUCCCAAUAGGUUAGCAUCCUAUGACUUCUGGCUUCUUUGCAGUGAUUAGACUACUUUCAUUUUACACACACACACACGGGGGGGGGGGGGGGAGACUUACACAGAGAUACAAAUACAUAUAAUAUUGAAUUUCCUUUUGUAUAAUUUAUUAUUGUUAACCUCAGAGACUUCUAUGCAGAUUUCCUAUUAUGUAUGUAAUUUUGCUUUCUGUGUAUUUUUUCCAUUAGGCAUAUGUAAAAUCAUCACUCAUAAUAUUUUUUUUAUGAAUUACAAUGUAAAUUCAUGUUUUUUACAUCUAGGAAAAGCAAAAUUUACUGAUUGCAUUUUGUCACACACUUUAUGCAUUACAACAGAUUUAAUGGAUGCCAAAUAGUUUUUGAAAAUCUGUUGAAUGUACAUUGGUAGCAGGCCAAUAUAUUUAUUUAUUUAUUUAUUUAUUUAUUUAUUCGAAUUUCUAUACCGCCCUUCUCCUUUUGGACUCAGGGCGGUGAACAGCCAGAUAAAAAACAUCUAUACAAACAUCACAGUUAAAAAAUAAAGUUAAAAUAAUUUAUAAAUUUGGCCCAUAAUUUAAAACUUGUCAAUUAAAAUAAAUAUUAAAAUUUUAAAACUAACCCUAAAAUCAGGACAGACCGGCUAACUGAAAAAAAUAAGUUUUUAGGGCCCGACGAAAAAUCCGGAGGUCGGAGAUCACUCGUAUCUCUGGGGGUAGAUUGUUCCAUAGGGUAGGUGCCACCACAGAGAAGGCUCUCCUCCUGGGGGUCGUCAGCCGGCAUUGUCUGGCCAACGGCACCCUGAGGAGGCCCUCUCUGUGGGAGCGAACCGGCCGGUGGGAGGCUAUUGGUGGCAGAAGGCGGUCCCGUAAGUACCCUGGCCCUAAGCCAUGGAGCGCUUUAAAGGUGAUCACCAACACCUUGAAGCGCACCCGGAAGUCCACCGGAAGCCAAUGCAGCUCGUGCAGGAGAGGAGUCACAUGGGAGCGCCCCGUCGCUCCCAUAAUCCCCCGCGCAGCCGCAUUCUGCACCAGUUGGAGCCUCCGGGUGUACCCCAAGGGGAGCCCCAUGUAGAGAGCGUUACAAUAGUCCAGACGAGAAGUGACGAGAUAUAUACAUGAAAUAAGGAUUAAAUAGGAUUACUUUCAUUUAGACAGUUCUGUGUAAUGUUCAUUUCUCAUAUUAGGACAUGCUUACCUGAAUAUUUUAAUGGAGACUAUUACGGACAUACCAUUAACAUGCUUCUUUUCUGUUUCAAGUAUCCUGGCCAAGUAUGUUAUAGUAUCCUCCCUAUUUAAAUUAAUUUGGAAUGAGAUGCUUUUAUUUUGUGAAUAAUUUACUUUUCUCGUUUUCCUUCUCUGGGCAUUUAAACUAACACAAACCUAAUAACCUUAUUUUCUAUUUAUUUUCUAUUCAGUUAUAAUUAUAUUACAUGGAUUUGUCAUUUUUAUUUCAGCUAUUUUGUUAUGCCUACCAUCUUUGUAUUCUGUUUUAGCACUAAGCAUUCAGUUUCUUUGAUUAAGUCAUUUCUAGUACAAUAAUAUUAGCAAUAUCUAAACAUCUCUACAUGGUGUAGACUUUUUAGUUAUCUUUUUUGUAUAGUUUCUCGUGAUUCUCGUGAUAUAUACAUACAUUGGCAAGUUCUGCCAUAUUUCCACUUCACACCAACAUUUUUAACUUAAUAUUUUUAACCCUUAAAAAAAGGUUUUUAACAUUUUAAACUUUGUGUUUUGCAGCUUCUUCGUAUAUUUCCUUAGAAAUAAGCUCUCAAGCUGUUCUGUUUCUGAUAGUAUUGAAUAUUGAGAUUCAUUUCACUGUUAUUCAUACAGUUCAUCUUUUUCCUACAAAUAUGAACAAUUCCAAAUAUUCUCCAACACCUGCAAUGAAAUAUUUUUUCUUAACCUUGUGUUCAUAUUUGGAUAUUUUCCACAUGAAAACCGGAACAUUUCUGACACACAAUCAUGAAACUCCAACUAGCAAUCUUUUUCUUAACUAGAAUAUAUUUCUAAUAGUCUCCUUGCUUGCUUUUUCAGUGAAGCUGACAGACCUAUUCAUCAGUAAUAACCAGCAAAACGAUUUUGUAACUACCAUUUCUUUGCAGGGUGAGGCUUUUCCUUCCUUUCCUUUGCCAAUCUUUGCCACUCAGUCUUUUUUACUAUUACAGGUAUAACUUUGCCUUGCCAAUUAUUGCAGUUGUAAUAAUUCAAGUGAAAAAGCAAAUAAGGAAUUUAAUUUUCACAAUGAGAAAUGACUACAUUGAAGUAAUUUUGAGUUAUUUUAAAUUCCAUUUAUUUCAGUGGGUCUGCUCAUAAGUACAUAUCCUAUCAGACAUAAGACAUUUCCAUACAUAUUAUUUUUACUGUCUGCUCCUAAAAUAAACCAAACUAUAUUAGUAACAGUUCCUAAUAAUAACAAUUUUACAUCCACCUGCAUAUUAAAUAGUAAUCUUUUUUCUUUUUUUAUAUUUUUUUUUUAAUUUUCCAAAAGCAUUUGGCUCAACUUAGGAUAUUAUUCAUACAUUGUAAUAUACUGUUUAAGUGUUCUCAUCUACUAAAUUGCUGUGCUAGAUAAACACGGUAACGUUCAAGGGUAGAUUUUUGGGGGCCCUGCUCAGCAUAACGAGGAUAUUUUCCAAAUGAUCCUUCUGCUAAGUGGAACAGUGUUUUUUCUGGGUAAAUAGAUAGAUGACUGUGUUGUGGGUGAACUAAAUACUGCUGUCUAAAGAAUCCUUUUCCCUGUAAGAUCAUUAAGCUCCAGUAAAAUUAUUAGGGCCAAAGACUAAUUUCAAGUUCUGCAUCACUGAGCAGAAGUACUAAAAAUAGUGAACAAAUAAGUACCGAUCUUCCAUGAUGUCUUCAUCCCUGCAACAUAUAUUAGCCAUGAAAUACAUAUAUAGAUAUAUUAUAAACAAUGCAUUUAUUUUUAGUAUUUAUGAGCCUUUGUUAUUGGUGGUAUGCCAUUGACUGAAGAUCAGUUUAUAGGUCAUAUACAAUACCAAUUAGGAUCACUGAGGUGAAUUGUGCUUUAUAAAGUCUUUUUGUGUUUGAUAAUUGCAAUAGCAAACCAAAAAUAACUGUAUGGUAUGCAGUCUUCCUUUCAUGUUUACAACUACCAAAAAUGUAAUGCAGUUGCAAAGAAAGAAAUAAUUAAAAUAAAGAAAAUAAAUACAA